CUCAAUGUCCGACUUUUAUCAUGUUCGAAAAUUCCCUAUUUUGGUGGCCAUGAUCAUUUUUUCCGUAGCAUCACUCGGUUCAUCGUUUGUGAACAACAUAUGGGCUUUGGUGGUCCUACGUUGUAUCCAAUCUGCAGGCUCAUCAUGUGGACAGUCCGUUUGCGCAGGCGUGAUUGCUGAUUGUUAUCCACUUGAGAAACGAGGCAGUGCCUUUGGAAAAUUCUUCUUUGGCAUGUUCAUUGGUCCCUUGCUCGGCCCUAUUGUCGGCGGCUUCUUGAUCAUGAGUCCGAUUGGCUGGCGAUCCACCUUUUGGUUCUGUUUUGCCCUCGGCAUUUUCAUCUUUGUCCUCUGUUUCUGUUGCUUGCCAGAAACCUAUCGCGAUAACGAGAAAUUUGACAAAGAACUUCCCGUGGUCACCGACAGUAAGAGCGCCGCUUCGUCCGCCACAGAUGUCCAAUCGAUUCCCGAAAAAGUGCUGAUCAAGCGAAAGAAUAUCAACCCCAUUGCGCCCUUCCUUCUCCUACGACAUCCUUUUGUUUUCUUGGCUUCCUUCGUUUCGGGUAUCGCUUUUGGUUCUAUGUUCGCUAUCGAAACGGUCAUUCCUGAAAUUUACGAAAAGAAAUAUGGAUUUUCCUCUUGGCAGACAGGAUUGAGCUUUUUGGGCGCAGGUGUUGGCAAUUUCUUGGGUUCAUCAUUGAACGGCUAUUUGUCGGAUCGACUCCUGAUGCGUGCACGAGCAAAGCGGGGUGGACAGGCAAUGGUGGAAGAUCGUCUCACUGCCAAUCUAUGGCCCGCCGGAAUUUUCUUUAUACCUCUGGGUUUACUUAUGUUUGGUUUUAUGGCCGAAUAUCAAGUGUCGGUAUGGGGUUCCAUUGUUGGUUUUGGUAUUCAGUGCUUUGGUAUGAACAUGCUUCUGACAUCGACUUCGGCCUAUCUUGUGGAUGCAAUGCCUGGACAAGGUGCUUCUGCAACGGCCGCUGGCGUUCUUGUUCGUAUGACCAUGUCCUGUGUCCUAACGUUGGUGGCCAAUCCCAUGGUCGCUGCUCUUGGUAUCGGCUACACCACUGUAUUACUCUCCGGUUUAAGCUUGCUUUCCAUGGUUAUGCUACUUGUUCUCAAAAUGCGUGGUGAACAGUUACGCCGCUGGAGCGGCUAUGCAUAA